AUGACUUGCAGUCGUGGUCAUGAUAGCUCCAACCAAGAGUGUCCAUUAUUACCUUUCAUGUCUCAACAAGUGUCAUUGACAGAAUAUUUGAGCAUCAUUAAGCGACUGUCUCAUGUUCCUGACAUGCAAGAAACAAAUCAGCCAUCAAUACAAGUCCCAUCGACCAAUGAAAACCAUGAUGACAGUUUCGCACUUCUUUCUCCUUUUACCUCUUUACAAGAACAACAACCACCAUCCUCCACUUUUGAUCUGUUUCCUAAUACCUCUCAACAAAUGCAACCACAACCAUUACCUCAACUACAACAACAACCAUUCCGAGUACACCCACUGAAUCAAGUCCAGCAAUGGUAUGCUGGAGAAGUGGAUGUAACCAACAACAACAAUACUUCUUCUUCAAGCGCUUGUUCUGUUCAUUCCUUUUCUCACCACAAAAACCUCUCUGAAUUGGAAUUGUAUAAUAUCAAUAACCACCACUCCAACAACAACAAUUUCAUGAUUCAUGAAGAUUCAAGAAUCAACUCCCCAACGCAUGAACACUUGUUGAUUCAGAACAACCAAAACCUCUUUCCAACUUUUUUGAUCUCUGGUCACCUAUCUUGUUCUUCUGAUACCACUAUUGAUGCUUCUUCAUUGUCGUCAACAUUGGAUGUGAAUGCCAUGUUAAAACAAGUACUUGUCCAAUUAUUAAUGGAAGCAAUCACUGCAAAUGGUAACAGCAAUGAAGCGACUCCUUCUUCUGUUUCAUUCGAUCACUCUAUGCAUGACCAUUCGUCUUAUCUGAACCUUUCUGAUGAUGCCAAUUGGACACCAGUGGAUAGUGAUCAAUCAUCAUCGCCAAACAUUAGUGGAAAUGUCCAUUCUGAUCCCUCUCUGGGUGAUUUCAUUGGAGACGACCAAAUCAUGUGA